AUAGCAUACACUCUUGUUCCCAGUAGCCGUGAACGCAACAUUAAUAGAAUUGAUGGUCCUCGCCUGAAAGGCGUGGUUAGGCCUCAAGGGGCGGAGAAGCUUGCCUGCGCGCGAGCAUGCUUGUGUUUGCGAGUCUGCCUGCCCGAGUGUGUUUAUGUGUCUGUCCCGCUUGGCUGCUCAUUAGGGAUGACCUGACUUGGGAGUCUUUACAACUACUUGAGUCGUUCUCUUCUUGCGUGGCUGCUCUCGCCUACUCUUCCUGAUUCUUCUUCUUUCUCUCUCCCCGUGACUGGGCGAGGGAAUGUUGACCACCGUGGCCUGAACCGUUACUGCCCGCCGGUCCCUUCACCUCCACCCGGCCGUGCGUGUCCGCAAGGGUCGUAGCCUGGUUGGCUGGCUGAAUGUGAGGUUUAUCUUCUAACAGGACUCAUCUAACGAGAGAUACUAGAAAAAAGAACUGAACAGCUCGAAGCAUGGCAGUGGCUGGAUGUCCUGAUUAUUUCCUGCAUCAUCCUAAUUAUCAGCAGGACAACAUCGAUCGGUCCACCAAUCAUAGACAAGCAAACCUCAUUGGGCAGGGCUUCCAGCAAUCAACCAACCACAAUUUGCCAAACCAUCAAGAGGAUGAUGUUGAUCUGGAGGCCCUGGUGAAUGACAUGAAUUCUUCACUAGAGAGCUUAUACUCCACAUGCAGUGCCCAGCAAACAGAUUCUACUUUGCUACUUCAAAAUGGAAAGACCUCAACAUCCUCCCAGCAACACCACAACCACCAUCGCCCUCAUGCACAGCACACCCAACUGCGGCAGGGUCACCAUGGGCUCGGCCAUGCCUCUCCAGAACCACCAUCCACCACCUCCACAGACCUACCCCAAGCAAGCCUACGGCGGUCACAGCCCAUGCAUAUCCUGGCUGUCCGGAGGUUGCGAGAGGAGCAGCAACAACUCAGGACAUCCUCACUCCCUGCCAUCCCCAACCCCUUUCCUGAGCUCUGCAGUCCAGCCAGCUCGCCUGUACUCGGUCCUGGGUCACUACCUCCAAGAGAACCCUCCACAGGCAUAUAUAUUGUUAAGGUCUCAACUGAAGACGGCAUGGGCAAAGUGGUGGAGAUCCCAGCCGACAUGACAGCCAGGGACCUUUGCCAGCUCCUGGUUUAUAAAAGCCAUUGUGUAGACGACAACAGUUGGGCACUUGUUGAGCACCACCCGCUGCUGGGUCUAGAGCGCUGUCUAGAGGAUCAUGAGUUGGUGGUACAGGUCCAGGCUUCCAUGAGCAGUGAUGCUAGAUUCCUCUUUAGGAAGAACUAUGCCAAAUAUGAAUUCUUCAGAACUCCUCUGACGUUUUUCCCAGAGCACAUGGUUGCAUGGUGCCAGGAAACCAAUCGUCUGAUUCCGCCAUCGCAGCUCCUGCAGAACUUUCUAGCAACCAGUAGUUGUCCAGAGAUUCAGGGUUAUCUGUAUGUAAAAGAGGUGGGCAGAAAGUCGUGGAAGAAAGUUUACAUGUUCCUGCGGCGCUCAGGACUUUACUGUUCUACAAAAGGAACCUCAAAGGAGCCCAGACAUCUCCAUUUACUAGCAGACCUUGAAGAUAGUAACAUCUUCACUGUCAUCACAGGAAAAAAGCAGCACGGUGCACCCACAGACUAUGAGUUUUGUAUCAAGCCUAAUAAAUGCAGAGGGGAGUUAAAGGAUUUAAGGAUUCUGUGUGCUGAAGAUGAACAAGGGAGGACAUGUUGGAUGACUGCCUUUAGAUUAUUUAAGUAUGGGAUUAUAUUGUACCAGAAUUACAAGAUUCCCCAGCAAAGAAAAACCCUGCUUUCACACUUCUCAGCACCCGUGCGAAGUGUGUCCGAAAACUCUCUGGUCGCGAUGGAUUUUUCAGGAACAAUAGGCCGGGUCAUCGACAACCCUGUGGAAGCUCAGAGCGCCGCUAUGGAGGAGGGACUGGCAUGGAGGAAGAGGAAUCACCGUAUGAACAUCUCAGGUUCCCACAGUCCAUUACAUCACUCCUCACUAAACUCAGUCAUUCACAUAGCCCAGCUGUGGUUCCACGGCAGAAUUACCAGAGAAGAAUCUCAUCGCAUUGUCCAUCAGCAGGGUCAAGUCGAUGGCUUGUUUCUUCUACGAGUCAGCCAGAGUAACCCCAAGGCUUUUGUUCUCACAUUGUGCCAUCACCAGAAAAUCAAACAUUUCCAGAUACUACCGUGUGAAGAGGACGGACAAGUCUUCUUCAGCCUUGACGAUGGUGCCACCAAAUUCACCGACCUGAUCCAAUUGGUGGAGUUCUAUCAGCUCAACCGAGGAGUGCUGCCUUGUAAACUCAAACACCCCUGCACCGUUGUGGCCUUAUGACACCUCCUCCCGUGUGACACAUGAGCCCUGCCGUCGCAAUCCCUGGUCCUCCCCUCCCCCUCUCACUUGACCUGACUCUGCCCAUAGCAGAGCGAAUGUUAAUAUUGGUUGAUUCUUCUGAGAAGUUUGUGAAUUGACUAAUGUGUCAUUGCUGUUUUGUUUUUUUGUUUUGUUUUUUUUAAUUAUUAUUAUUGUUGUCGAUGCGAGUCCGCCAUAUACUGCUGAUUUAUUGUAUUCAUUUUGGAGUGCGUUGAAUGUUACCGAAUUGCACGCAGAGUAGUAGUCAAGAGGACAAAGGGGUGAAAAUGAUGAACACUGCCAUUUGUGUCAAUGCUUUUGCAGAAACUGGUCUUUGUUAAGCUGGGGACUAGACUCAAUGACUCUCCAAGAGUUUCAAUCAUGCAGCUCAAGUGAAGACUGUCGCCCUCAUGUGGACAAUCAACAGAACUAUGAACCCUUUUGUGUGUGGACCACUCUGCACUUUGAGAACUGGAGUCUCAUCUUCUCUUGUUCUCAGAGAAUAUUGUGUUGAUUGUCACUUUUUUUUUCUUUUGCACUCAUCCAACUGGGAGUGGCCUUUGAGGGUGCCGGACUUCUCCGUUGUUGGCAUUAUUUUUAACUGUGAGCUGACACCGCCCUCUAUUGUCGAAGGUGUGUCGAGACAAGACUAAACUCAGCUUUGCAGCCAGAACAGAAUGAUUUUUACUUUUUAUUUUUUUAUUUUGAGGAGUUGGCCUGUUGGACGAAUGAGCCCGCAGGAGGUGGUUUAUGAACACUCAUGAAAUGUCGAAAAAAUAUUUUUUUAAUUGGCUGACAAUACAGAAUGUUUUGUCCUGCUUCCCUUAGUUGCAAGUUGUUUUUUUUAACUCAUCCAUUUGCUAGAGUCUUAAUAUUCUAAAUAUGUCCAUGUAAGCUACACAAACUCAUGUCCAGUUUUUGGUAAGUUCAAUUUUAUUAUGACAUACUUUUCAGGAGAAAAACGAUUCAGAUAAGUGUCAGUUAUGAACAAACUAAAUAUGAUGUACGGAGGUUCUAUUAGAAAUAUUGUAUUGUGUCUCUUAGUAUAACACGUUUAAUACAGCAGGCAAGAGAUGACAAUAGCCAGCACAUGAGAUGCGUUAGACCUCGUGAAAAUUUUCUUAAAUUCUAACUUGGAAUUUAAAUUAGUGCAAAAUAUAAUUACCGUAAUUUUCGCACUAUAAGGCGCACCUGACUAUAAGCCGCCACCCACCAAAUUUGACACGAAAACGCCAUUUGUUCAUAGAUAAGCAUACGACAUACGACUUGUCAUAAGACCAAAUGAACCACCAUGAAGCUUUGAACCAGUAGGCUGCAAAGCUUCAUUGCUUCAAGAAGCUUCAUUUGGUCAUCACUGCUCCCUUAGGGGAGACAGUCAACCUCUGCUGCCACCUGCUGUCAACACUGUUAUUGUCCAACAUGCCCCCUAGCAUGCAUUGCAGCGCUACAGUUGUAAAUACCAAUUCAAAUUUAUGUUCUGUCCUAAUUAUUUCUGCAGUUACUGUUCCAGUUGUUUCAUUAAUUGCUAGUUAUAGUAUUUGGUAACACUUUAUUUGGCAGGGGUGCCGUAAGACUGUCAUUAGACAAUCGUAAUUAUGACAUGACCCCGUCAUGAGCAUUAAUUAAUGGUUAUAACAUGACAUUUAGUGUUAUAUGGCAAAUUAUCUCACCUUUGAAAGGGUGUAAAAGAUCCGAUGUGGACAUGAAUGGAGUUAGUGACAUAAUUUGGUGGUCUUAUGACACCACUGUCAGAUAAAGUGUUACCUAUUAACCCAAAUAAAUCAACAAAUAAGCCGUGCUCGACGAUAAGCCGCAGGAUUCAAAAUUAAGAAGAAAAGUACCAUCUUAUAGUCUAAAAAUUGCGGGUAUGCCAGUAAAAAGUAUAUUGACAUCCAACUGCCAAAUAGCCAAUACUCAAUAGUACAAUAGCCUACAAGACAAGAUAACUCUCAUGCCUGGCUGUUACUGAUUCCCAAACUGUCAGAAACAUUUGUCUGCAUACUGAUACUUGUGUUAUUAAAACUUAUCAGAAGAUUAAUACUUGAAGGUCAGUACAUAACAGUGAUGACACAGACUAGCAUAGAAUUAUGACAUAAGAAUAAAAGACAAAAUAUUCAGGAAAAACUCACAUCUAAAUGUCCCUAUUUGUAUGGGUGCGUGCCUAAAUAGAUAUUAGGGUAGUUCACCUUCCGCCUUUUCUCACUAAAGUUGCCCCUCACCCUAAACUGUGACUUCUAUACAUUUAAAUAUAGCUCCUUGUUUUUAAUGUAACAUUGAUGAAGCUCAGCAAAAUAUGCAUCCAACUCGUACAGAGUUUGUUUGCAUGCUGCAUAUGAGAGAAUUUAUACUUCAGAUCUAAAGAUAGUUUUCCAUAUAGUGUCAAGCCUCAAAGCUAUUUGUAUCUUUGGCUAAGUUUAUCAAUUAGAAAAUGAAGAUUACGACUCAGUGCCUUUAGAUAAAAUAGGGAUUUGUUUAUUAGAUUUUUUUUUUCUUAAAUGACACAUUAAAUUUGGCUGACAUGACAAUGCAACGAAGCCCAAUUAGCAACCAAUUGUAGGAAAUUGUUUUUAUGUUAUUAUUUUAAUGGUUUGUCUGCUUAUUUUCAUAUCCGGCAUAAACCUUCUCAUUGUCACUUAAGCAGUUGACAGUACAUUGUAUUGUUUUCUAUUCAGACUGAGUUCUGAUUGCAUUUGUAACAGCUGAUGCAAAAUUUAACAGCCAUCUUUAUUUAGCUGCUGGUUGUCUUAUGGUUUACUGAACAAAUGAUUUGCAGUAUAGCUACACUCUUUGACCCUCUGCAUGGUCACUGUUAUUUAUCUAAAAUACAUGAUGAAACAUUUUUUAAGUAUUUGUAACAAAUGUAUCUGGAUGUGGCUGAUCUACUUGAAAAUAUUACAUUUGUUUUUUUUUUCUUUCUUCUUUAGCACUGUUCUGUACUGGGUUUUUUUUUUUCCAUCACCAUGAAAUGAUUGAGCAGUGCAAGUUUAAUAUAAUGACUAUUGUAAUGACAUAGCAUCUAUUGAUAUAUAAUUUUUAUUAUUGUUAUGUACUUUUUUGUUAGGAUUGUCUAUUAAAAAGAAAAAGUACAACUUCGAGAUGUGAAGUUUUAAAGCA